ACAGAGCACUGGUCGGCCGUAAAUGCAUUGCAUUUGUGUUGAUCUGUGAAGUGAUUGUCAAUUGAAGUGAACUGAAGACUCAUUCAAAUCCAUUGCCAUUGCAUUGAACACAUUGACGACCACUGAAGACAAUGUCGGACAGCGAGGAGUCCAACAGAGACUCAGACAAUGACAACGAGGCCGAAGAAGUGGAGAGAGAAGAGCCGGAAGUGGCGGACGAGGAGGAGCCGGAAGGGGAGGACUUGGAUGAAGACGACUACGACGAUGAGGAGGACGAAGACGACUUGAGCGGUCGGCGGCGCCGGAAGCGUAAGAAACCGCGACAUGGAGGCUUCAUAUUAGACGAGGCGGAGGUGGACGACGAGAUAGAGGACGACGAGGAGUGGGAGGACGGGGCCGAUGAGAUAAUCGAGAAGAACAAACACUUGGAUGACUCGUCGCAGAGGGAUAUGGAGUCUCACCGACGCAUUCAUAUGAUGUGGAACUCGCAGAAAGAGGACGAGAUUGAGGACUACUAUCGCCGCAAAUACGCGGAGACCUCAGCGGCCGAGAAGGGCUACGACGGGGACGUGGAUCUGCCCGACGAUAUCACGCAACAGGCGCUGAUGCCGGGCGUCAAAGACCCCAACCUAUGGAUGAUUAAGUGUAAGAUCGGCGAAGAGAAGGCAACGGUUUUACAGCUCAUGCGAAAGUUCAUCGCCUUCUCGACCACCGAUGAGCCGUUGCCUAUCAAGUCAGUCGUCGCACCCGAAGGUAUCAAAGGCUACAUCUAUAUCGAGGCCUUCAAACAGACUCACGUGAAGCAAGCCAUCCAAGGGAUGGGAAACCUAAGGCUUGGGAUCUAUAGGCAGACUAUGGUUCCCAUCAAUGAGAUGACGGAUGUGUUGCGCGUCACUAAAGAUAACUCUCAGAUCAAAGUGAACCAAUGGGUGCGUCUGAAGAGAGGUCUCUAUAAGGACGACUUGGGACAAGUAGACUAUGUGGACACCGCCCAGAAUCAGGUCCAUCUGAAGCUGAUUCCCAGAAUAGAUUACACGCGACUGAGGGGUGCGUUGAGGGCGGCGUCCAAUGAGAACGACAGUCAGAAGCGAAAGCGGAUGAAACGACCGCUGCCUAAGCUCUUCGAUAUGGACGCCAUUCGCGCCAUUGGAGGGGAGGUUACAAACGACGGCGACUUUAUUAUCUUCGAAGCCAAUCGAUACCGAAGAGGUUUUCUGUACAAAGCCUUCACCACCACUGCUCUGCUGAUCGAUGGCGUGAAGCCAACCCUCUCUGAGUUGGAGAAGUUUGAGGAACACCCGGAAGGCAUUGAAUUACAGUUGAGUGAAAGCACUGUCGCUGAGGACAAGGGUCACAGCUUUUCGCCGGGCGAUACCGUUGAGGUCUGUGAGGGAGAGUUGGCUCACCUCCAGGGAAAGAUCAUUACUAUUGACGGCAAUAAGAUAACAAUGAUUCCCAAACACGAAGACCUCACGGAUCCGCUCGACUUUCAGGCGCACGAACUGCGAAAAUACUUCAAAAUGGGUGAUCACGUGAAGGUGAUCGCCGGCCGAUAUGAGGGCGACACCGGACUCAUAGUGCGCGUAGAGGACACUCAGAUCGUACUGUUCUCUGACCUAACGAUGCAUGAGUUAAAGGUAUUGCCCAAAGACUUGCAAUUGUGCGCCGAUAUGGCCACUGGUGUGGACACUAUGGGUCAGUUCCAAUGGGGAGAUUUGGUGCAAAUGGACGCACAGACUGUCGGUGUGAUUGUGCGCUUAGAGAAGGAGAACUUUCAGAUACUGAACCAAAACGGAAAGUUAGUUCACGUCAAACAUCAGGCCGUUUCCAAGAAGAGGGACUCCCGACGAGCGGUGGCACUCGAUUCGGAACAGAACCAAAUCCAAGUGAAAGACCACGUGAAGGUGAUUGACGGCCCGCACUCCGGAAGGCAGGGAGAGAUUAAGCACUUGUACCGCAACGCAGCCUUUCUAUACUCGCGAAUGAUGUUAGAAAACGGCGGUAUUUUUGUCUGCAAAACCAGACAUCUUAUACUCGCCGGCGGUUCCAGACCCCUGUCAGCGUCCGGUGUUAUGAACACCAGCGCCGGGUAUAUGUCUCCGCGAAUACAAUCUCCGGCCCACCCGUCAAGCGGCGGCGGCGGCGGACAGAAUCGACAGUUCAGUGGCUCCAAAGGCGGUCGCGACCGCUCGGAUCUGGAGCUCAUUGGGAAGACGAUUAAGAUAACUCAGGGAACGUAUAAGGGAUACAUCGGUAUCGUUAAGGACGCCAUCGGAACCACAGCUCGUGUGGAACUGCACGCCACGUGUCAGACCAUUACUGUCGAUAAGACACGUAUUGUGGUCGUCGGCAGUGGCGGUGCAGAUAAAGGAAGCGGUGGUGUCUCCACUUAUGCCAGAAACACGCCUAUGUAUGGCAGUCAGACACCAAUGUAUGGCACCGGUAGUCGUACGCCGAUGUAUGGCGGGGCCAAUACACCGCUUCACGACGGCUCACGAACACCCGCUUAUGGAGGAGGAGGCGCCACUCCUAUGCACGACGGGUCGCGCACGCCUGUCCACACGUCCUCUAUUUGGGAUCCAACGGCUUCUACUACUCCCAGACCUGAUUUCGAUUAUGACGAGCCGUCACCCUCUCCGUCAAACCCUUCGUAUAUGAAUCCUCCGACACCCGGGUAUCCAAACCCCGAGACUCCACCGGGCGGUCCAUACACUCCACAAACUCCUGGAAUGUACGCCUCUUCAGAUCAUUCCUACUCACCGUACGGUCCGGCGGCCACUCCUUCGCCCUCCACUUACAGCGUCCCGGGCACUGCUCCCAGUCCUGCCUCCGCUGGAUAUAUGACUCCCAGUCCCGCCUACAACGGGCCUCACAGUGUAGGCCCCUCUCCAUCGCCCACAGGCUAUGGUUACUCACCGAUGACUCCAGGAGUUUCAUCGCCGCACUUUAACCCGCAAACUCCCGGCGCCGGAAUGGAACAGUCGUUUUCAGUGGAAUGGCAGACCACAGACAUCGAGGUUCGCAUCAAAGACUGUCACGACGACGACGACCUCAUCGGCCAAACGGGAAUUGUUAGGGGAAUAUCUGGCGGAAUGUGUGCCGUAUUUCUACUGAAAGAGGACAGAGUUGUGAACAUACUGUCCGAGCAUUUAGAACCAGUACAGCCCGGACCUGAGGAUAAGUUUAAAGUAAUCUUCGGUGAGGACCGCGAGAACACCGGAACUCUACUGAGUAUUGACGGCAAUGAGGGCGUCGUGUCGUUUAAUUCUGGCGAUUCGGAUGACAUAAAAAUGCUUCCCUUGAGAUACUUGUGUAAAAUGAAGAAGUAAUCAACUGAUCAACACUUUUAAUAUGUUUUCUAAUUAUAUGUUUGGGUUUUCAUAAAUCAGUUUAAUUAUGAAAAAUAAAAGAUUUUCA